GAAUUGACGCGAGAGUUUAACUGACUUUGGGUGCGCCGGAUCUCCUUCCCGCAUAUUUACGCUUUGAACAAAAUCAUUUGCAGGCAACGAGACCCAAACAAGAACGCGCUUUUGAAAAAAUGCGGAGAGUUUUGCCGCCUGUCUACUAGAACUGGGCUGCAAAGCCGGGUUCGUCUGGACGAUGGCAGCUGGGCUCUGCUCUGAGGCAUCGUGUGAGAACUGGGCGGAGCUCCUUGUUUCUUACAGCUGUUGGCCCUUGAAAUAAUUGAAGCAGGAAGCAAGAGCCGGGAGGCUUUUCUUGAAAGUAACAUCAGUGUACGAAAGUGCUGCCUGAAGAAAGGGAAUCCAGAGAAGUCAAGUCAGGCACUAAAAGUAGAAUGGAGACCUGGCAAGGGAUCCCCUACUCUGUCAGCAGUAAUACAACAGACCUGACUAUUGGCUUUAUUUCUUCAGCAGUUGCUGUUGUCUUAUUUGGAUCAAACUUUGUACCGGUGAAGAAGUUUGACACUGGGGAUGGAAUGUUCUUCCAGUGGAUUCUUUGUGUUGCUAUUUGGAUUGUUUCUUUAAUUGUUAACCUGAUUCAGAACAGUCCUAGGUUUUGGCCUCUUGCUAUGGUUGGGGGCUUUUUAUGGGCUACAGGUAAUAUAACAGUUGUUCCAAUUGUUAAAACCAUUGGGUUAGGCCUUGGCCUUUUAAUCUGGGCUUCUUUUAACUUGCUAACUGGCUGGGCAAGUUCAAGAUUUGGUUGGUUUGGAAUUGACCCAGAAGAAGUCAGAAAACCGGUUCUGAAUUACAUCGGAGCAGCACUUUCAGUACUUAGCUGCAUCAUAUUUCUUUUCAUAAAAAGUGAAGUUCAGAACUCUUCGCCAUCUUCAGAAAGCACUCCAUUAUUAAGAGAACAGCCUAUCAACACUUCUGAAUACAGAGUUGAAAACAGGAGUGACGUAUCUUGGGUGGACAAUCUGUCUCCAUUAGGAAAAAGAAUGAUAGGCUGCUCUCUGGCUAUGAUAGCUGGGAUAUUCUACGGCUCUAGUUUUGUACCUGUGUUUUACAUCAAGGACCACGGCAGAAGAAAUGGGACUGUGUAUACAGGAGCCAGUCAGUUUGAUUUAGAUUAUGUAUUUGCCCACUUCAGUGGCAUCUUCCUUACAAGUACUGUCUACUUUCUGCUCUACUGUGCAGCAAUGAAAAAUAACCCUAAGGUUUAUCCUGCAGCCAUAAUACCAGGAUUUAUUUCUGGCACAUUGUGGGCAAUAGCCAAUUGCUGCUGGUUUAUUGCAAACCACUAUCUCAGCGCUGUUGUGAGCUUCCCAAUCAUCACUGCUGGUCCUGGUUUUAUAGCUGCAGUGUGGGGAGUGCUGGUAUUUAAAGAAAUAAAGGGACUGAAAAACUAUCUGCUGCUCUUAAUAGCAUUCUGCAUUAUUUUGGCUGGAUCCCUCUCUACAGCUUUUUCUAAAGUGUGAAGAAACAUAUUUUGAUCCAGCAGAUGGCACCACUAGUUAAUACAUGUAAGACUUUCAGGAUCACUUCUGAUCUUUGGAGGCAUCGCUUAUGUCUUUGUUCUCACUAUAAGAACAGAAACUUCAUUAGGAAUAUUUUUUAAUGAAGACUAUUCAUUGUGGUCUGUCUUUAUUGUUUAAAAUAAAUCCAUUUUUAAAAAAGAAGUUUAAACGGGGACAGUUAACAAUAUCAAACAUUUUUCAGAAGCUUUGAUGCUGUAAUAUUUUUUAUCUUGUGGUGGGAAGGGAAGGAAACAUUAAAAAAAUGAAAAGAAAUAAAAUAUACUUACCAUCUAUUAGUCCUACAUUUUCUUUUCCCAUUCCUUAGUUUCUUUCAGAACACAGAUUUACAUAAAAAAUUUGGAGAAAACCCCUCCCCACCCCCAAAUUUUUCAUUACUGGACUGAUCCUGAAUUAUUUGAGAGUUUUGUUUUCCUACAGCCUGACAUUAGAUCUACGAACAUCUAGCUGUGUGUGCUACGUUGAGACCCAAAAUCAAGUGGGCUUCCUGAAGUUAAGCAGGCCUAUGCAAUAUCAUCUGGGAACUCUUGUUUAUAGUAUUACGGAGUUUAUAUAUAAGAGAUGUAGAAUAUAUGGCUUAAAUAAAUAACAUCUUAGGA